AUGUCGGGAUUUUCAAAGUUUAAACGUAAGUUUUCUUGAUAAAAUUAUACCUACAACAAAGUUCUAUCAAAAAUUUAGGAAGAAUUCGUCCGGCUGAUAUUGUUAUCACGAUUUCGGACGAGGGAAGAACGCCGAUUGGCGAGGGAAAUAUUGAAGAGUUGAAAAAAUUGAUGAUGGAAAGUGUGAGCGAAGAAACGAGAGAGGAAUGGAUUCGGUUUAUGGAACGGAGACAUCAUGACGCGAUGGUGAGCGGUUUUGGCGGGAAAAUGGUUGAAAAUCGAUAAAUGUAGGAUAAAUAUGUUUUGAAAAGAAAUUUAAAAUUAAUUUUCACUAAAACACAGUUCGUGAACAGAUAAAAAUCCACCAAAAAUGUAUACCUAAUUUUUGAAACAGUGAAACAUUGAUAUUCAGAACAACAAAACGUUUUUAAAACCAAAUUGGGAUUCGUAUCAAGAAAAAAUGAAAUUGUUUUUGAAACAGUGAAUUCUUAAAAGGGAUUUUAUAUGAACACACCAAAGACGAAUUUAACGAGUGAGUAAAGAAUCUUUAAUUUUUUAGAAACAGCAAAUUUUUGAAUAAACACAAAAUUAAUUUUGACAAUGAAUUUUAAUAAGAGAGUUCAUUCUAUUAAGGAUUCAAAAUUACCUACAAAUUUAUUAUUUAAUUUUUGAAACAGUGAAAAUUUCAUUUGUUUAAAAAAUGGUGGGCGAAACGCUGUAACAUUCAUCAAAAAUGGAUAAUAAUUUUUUGAAACAGUGAAUUUUUAAAUUUUUUUUUGAUUUUUUCCGGAUAAAACUCUCCAUUCAAUCAAAGUUUAUCAGAAAAGGUUGUAAUAACAAGAUUUUGAAACAGUAAAUUUUUGAAAAAUAUAUUUUUUUUAUCAAAACCCGAUAUCAAAUUUUUACAGAGUGUUCUAAUGUCCGACGCGCUUCAAACCAAUCAAACUUAUCCGAAGAAAAUCAAAUCCCAAAAAAUCGACUCAGAUUCUCAAAAUUCCACUCCAAAACCAGCCCAAAAAAUGCCGAAUAUUCAGGAAAAUCAAUCAAAUUAUAAUGAAGAAGAGCUGAAAAAACGCGAAAUUUUGAGAAAACAAUUGGAAAAAACGAUCAGAAAAUCGGAUAAAUUGGCUGAAAUUCCAGAAAAAUCUGGAAUUCUUGAUGGAUAUGGAUUUGUUUUUGAAGAAGAAGAAGAAGAAAAUCAAGAUUUUCCAGAAGAAGAAGAAGAAUGUAUACUGUAUAAAUUUGGGCAUUGUUUGAAUUCACAAAAUUGUCAAUUUUCACACGAGAAAAAUAUUUAUUUUGCACAAGAAAAUCAGGAAAGGUGAGCAUUUUUCAACCAAAAUUUUUCAUGAAACUGAUAAAAAAGUGAAAUUUUGUAUAGAUUUUCUAUUAUUAUAACUAUUAUACAAGCAAGUUAUGAUAAUUGUUGGGAGGAAAAAAAUUGAGAAAUUGUACUAAAAGAUACCAGAAAUUGGCAGCCAUUUGAAUUUUUUUUUGUUUGGAAAAUGGGGAAAUUUUUUGAAAAUAUGAAUUUGGCGCCAGAAUAAAUUUUAAAAAAAACUGCGAAAAUUCAAUAUCAGUUAAUUUUUAAAGCUGAAUUCUGCUCGAUUUUUAAUUUAAUUAUUCCAAAACACAAAACUGAAAUUUUCUAAAAAAAAACAAUUCUGAUGUUAAAAUUUUGAAACAGUAAUUUUUAUCGCAAUUUUUCAUAGAAAACAAAAAACCAUGUGAAAAUUCAAAAAUUUCCCCAAAAAAUCCGCAAUUCUUCCAGCGAUCUUCUGUCGGAUUAUCCAAUUCAUCCACCCGAAAUCGAACUAUGUCCAGGAUACAAAAACCAGAGUUGCUGGAACUUUUCAUGUGAAUUUCGACAUGUUUUAUAUUCAACUGAUCAAAUUUGA